UUUAAGUAACUUCUAGUGUUUGUUAGUAACAUUAGCUUCCGAACGCCAACGCUUACCUACUGAAGGACAAAUUAGGACAACCAAACAAGUCCUGGCUGACGACAUCAGGGGUGAAUUCGGGACGUCCGAAACAUCUCGCCGCCUAUUCAGUUCACUGCGGAGGACUGCAGAGUCUGAUUACAUCCCUUUCACCAAACCUGUACUGAGGAGCUCCUUUCUCAGUUCCCUUCUCCCUCUCACUUUUCCCUCUCACUCUCUUUUCUCUCCCUCUCUCUUUGCAUAUGCAUCUGCGGGACUUUCUGAAUCAGAGUGUGUCCUACACACUCGUCGGGGUUUACACGCUCUUAUGGAUUCUUUCCUGUGUUCAGAGUAAGACUCCAGAUGUUGACGUCACGUGCAUCUACUCUGAAGACUGCAUCUUGCCUUGUUCCUUCCCUCCAACUGAUGAUGUGGUUGUUAUUCAAUGGUACCAACAGGAGAAGCUGAUAUACAGCUUCCAGCAGGGUGAAGACGAACCUGACGACAGCAGCAUGUCACUGUUCACCGACGAGGUGUCCAAAGGAAACGCUUCCCUGCUUCUGAAGGACAGCAGGAUUCAGAGCAGAGGACGGUACAGAUGUUUGAUCAAUGCCACCAAAACUGUCAAGGAGUCGUUUGUCAUAGUGAAAGUUGAAGCUCCCAUCAGCAGGAUCUCCAUAGAGGCCAGCCCCACUGGGCAAAUUCAAUGCUCAUCACAUGGUUUGUAUCCAGCUCCUGUGUUGACGUGGUCUACAAAUCCAAGCAUCGGUAACCUGCGGUCUCUCAUACGAAUGAGUCCAGAUUCAAACGGCCUGUACAGUGUGGAGAGCACGCUGCAGAAAGUGAACAAGAGCACCCCGCUCACCUACAUCUGCACCAUCACAUCCAAGUACAGCUCACAGUCAUGGAAGGCCUCACUGCUUCAGACAGAAAUGGUAGGAAAGAUUGGCCAUGAACUGAUCAUUCCAUGCCUGGCUCCGAAAAAUCUGAAAAACUUCACUCUCACUUGGACGUUUGCAAAAAGGAACAAAAACAAAGAUAUUCUUACCUACCACAGUCAAAGCCACAAGGUCAUAAAUCAGUGGAAAGAAGAGGCAGAGCUGGACCUGGAAAAGGCUCGAACCGGGGAUGGAUCCCUUUAUCUAGAUGAUCACGAGGUCUCAAAGCAUGCUGGGAAAUACACCUGUACAUUCUCAGGCCCCCGGGUCACAUACAUAGUCCAAACGUCCGUCAGCGUCAGUUCUUCCAGUGCAGCUGCACAGAAAGAAAAUAGUAAGUCUAAGCUGUGGGUGCUGGCAGUGGUGGUGGCUGCGCUGACUGUCCUUGGUGUCCUUUACUACUUAUACAGAAAAUACAUAGGAAACUCUAAAGCGUUGGAGGAAGACACAGAGAUGCAGGCUGUGAAAGGCAAAACGCCAGAGGAGGUACCGGCAGAAAUCAGCCCACUGAACGGCAAAGGAGACUCUUAGCUAAGGAAAGAAAGGGGGUUUAAGAAAAGGGGCAUAUUAGACAACAAACACAGAUAAAUAAAGGAACAGCUGUAGGUCAACAAACUCGCUGUUGUUCAUUUUAUGCCGUAACUCACUGGCUGUCCUCAGUGCUCAAGACUGAAACUUUAAGGCACUGACUUUGUGAUGUUUU